ACUUUCUAAUUACUUUAGGUAUAGUUUAGAGUAGAAAAAAUGUUAGCUAGCAUUAUAUUAAUAUGUAUUUUACAGUUUAAAAUAAUAGAAAAUAAAGAAAGUAACUGUGGUUGUAGUAUAGACCGAGCGCAAAAAGAAAACUAUGACAGAAAGUUAUUUUAUAAUGUACAAAGUGAAGAAGGGGAAUGUUCAAUUGAUACCAAAGUUGAUGAAAAUGAAGUGUACAAAGCAACGAAUGAUAUGGUUUUAAUACCUGGUAAAAAUUAUUACGUCGGUACAGACGAAGUUAUGAUUAAAAAUGACAUGGAAGGUCCGGAAAGAGUCGUCAACUUGGAGUCAUUUUACGUAGACAAAUACGAAGUAUCAAACAGGGAUUUUAGUCAUUUUACAAAGUUAACAAAUUACAAGACUGAAGCUGAAAAUUUUGGAGAUAGUUUUGUAUUUUCAUUGUUCCUAAAUGAUACAUUUAAAGAUAAAAUGAAAGACUUUCGAGUUUUACAAGCCCCAUGGUGGUAUAAAAUAAUGGGUACAGAUUGGAAACAUCCAUAUGGACCAGAUUCUGAUAUUUUAGAUAUGAUGAACCAUCCGGUAAUACAUGUGUCAUGGAAUGAUGCUCGUGCAUAUUGCAAGUGGAGGGGUGCUCGGCUUCCCAGUGAAGCUGAGUGGGAGGUGGCUUGCAGAGGGGGACACCGCGCUACAAAAUACCCCUGGGGGGAUAAAUUAUUUCCCAAUAAAAAACACAUGGCAAACAUUUGGCAAGGCUCCUUUCCUCAUCACAAUUCAGAAAAGGAUGGAUAUAUAGGAACUAACCCUGUACAUCUGUUUCCACAAAAUGAUUUAGAACUCCACAACAUGGCUGGAAAUGUUUGGGAGUGGACUGAAGACUCAUGGACCAGUGACAAUCCUAAAGAAAAAGUUAAGAAAGGUGGUUCAUAUUUGUGUCACCGUUCAUACUGUUACCGCUACAGAUGUUCAGCUCGAUCGCACAACACGGAUGACAGUUCUGCAGGAAAUUUAGGCUUCCGUUGUGCAAAGUCUGCUUAAUUGUUUUAUUUCUUUUUCAAUGUACUUAAAUUUCCUAACCAACACCUCGCAAGGCGAUAGAUGUAAGCGUUACUUUGUUUUUAUGUGGCUGUAUAGGCUUCCGUAGAUUCUAAGUUUUUCAAAAUGUAUAAGGGAUUAUAUUAGUCUUCCAAAUUUAUGAAAAUAAAUCAUUUGAUGGAGAA